CAUCACUCGACGACAGUGACUAACUCGAAAAAUAAAAAGGAAGAGUGAAAUUAAUGGUUCAGUCUUAUUUGAUUCUGAAUGCGAAACCUACUAACAGACUGAUUAUAUGUACGGAAUUUCUAGCACUAAUGUGAUAGUGAAGGAUAGGACAGAGUAUUUCGAUUCUUUUUGAAUCACAAGAAAAAGAAAAAGAAACCAACGAAACGACAGUACGAAAAUAUAAAGAAGAAUCCGACAAAAAUUCAAAAGUUUGAGCACUGUGGCAUUUGCGACCUUCUGUGUGUGCUGUGGAGAGUGAGAUUUUCAACCCAAGAAUAUUCAGUGCGACACGGGUACUCAAUGAAAAUACUAUUUUUCGUUCCAUUUAUCCACGACAAAACGAAAUAGGAAAAAUCCGAUCCCAGUUCCAGCAUGCCGCGGUUAUCAGUGUGGGUCCUACUGGGACUUGCCCUGUUCACCCUUUCAGUGAAUGAUCCUCGAGUUAAGGCAGACGCUCCCACAGAGUACGAAUGCCGGCCGUACAUAGAAAAGGCCUUACAAGAUUUAAAAGGAGAAAGUGUAGAAACAACAGCCAGUCAAGAACAAGAAAUAGAGAAAACGAUCGAAGAAGAACCCAGCAGUACGGAAUCACCAAUAGAUGUAACUAGCCAGGAGGAAGAGGAAAACACUGCCGCUGAGGAGACCAGUAUUGAAGAAGAUGUUCCAGAAUCUCAAGAAGAAUUAACACCUUCAGAGGAAGUACAAGAGGCGCUGUUUGACGAAAGUCAGCCUGAGGACACUAGUCAGGCAAACGAAGAAGAAGAACAGGAAGAAGAAGAAGAAGAAGAAGAAGAAGAAAUCCAAGAAGUGAUUACUUCGGAAGAGACUGAUAUUCAGGAAGAUGAAGCCGUCGCUGACAGCGCUCAAGAUGAGGAAGACGAUGAACAAGAAGACCUAGAGGACGUAGAAGAAGAUCAAGAAGCUCUGGAGAACGCUGAAGAAGAAGAACAAGAGGAGUAUGAUGAGGAAGACAAUGAAGAAGUUGAUGAUGGAAAUGCUGAGGAAGAGGAAGAUGUAUCUGCAGAGACUGACACAGCAGAUGAAUCGACAACCGACAGUCAAGAGGCUUUAGCAGAAAACGAGGAUGACGAAGAUGAAGAUCAGGCGGUUGACACCCAAGAAGACGUUGACGGUGAAGAUAUCGAGGAUACUGAAAACCAAUUAACGGAUAGUCAAGAAGAGAACACUGCUGACGAUGACAUUGAAGGUUAUGAAGAACAAAUAGAAACGGAUGAUGAUGAUGACGAUGAUGGAGAUAGAGCUACAGAAAGCGAGGAAACUGCAAUAGAUGAUGAAGAUGAUGAGCAGACAAGUGAACCAGAAGACGACGAACAGGCAGAAAGUGAGGAAGCCACCGCUGAUGAUGACAUUGAGGAGAACGGCUAUAAAGGCGAAGAAGAUUUAGAUGAAAAAGUCGAGAAAACUGAAUCUGUAGAAGAUGAAAAUCAAUCAGAAGCAGAAAACACUGCUGAUAUUGAGGCAAGUCAGGAGGUGGAGCAAACAUCCGAAGACAGCCAACAAGAAGAAGUAGAUUCAGUUACGGCCAGUGAGGAGGUAGUUGAAGAAGAGAUAAGCGCAGAGGUUGCCAAAGAAGUUAAAUCAGAAGAAGUAGUCACUGAAACUUCUGAUGAGACCGUGGCUAGUGAUACGGAGGCUGUUGAGGAGAGUGUUGAAGAAGUUGCUGCAGUUGAUGAAAGUGCAGAAGUCGCUGAAGCUGUCGGUGAUGAAGAAGCUAUUGUGGAAGUUGUUGAAAAAGUUGAAGGUCAAUCUGAGGAAGCAGUGCAAGUUUCAGAAGAAGUGGAGAAAGAAGCUGAUGCUCCAGAGGAUAGUGCUGAAAAAUCUGAUCCGCUUCCGGAGGAAGACUUACUACUGGAGUACGAAAUUCCAUCAAACCUUAGAGAUACUUCGCACAUUUAUGAGUUGCUUAACAUCAAUGAAGAAGCAACGGAAAAAGAGAACGCACUUAACAAAGUCGCCGACGUUAUCCUACGCGACUUGAAGAAAAUCUACGAUAUCGCUAUCAAACCCCUGGAAACUUUGUAUAAGUAUCGUGACCUUAGCAACCGCCACUUCGGCGAUCCGGAAAUCUUCUCCAAACCGCUGAUUCUCUUCAUGGGUCCAUGGAGUGGUGGCAAAUCUACGAUACUCAACUACCUUACCAAAAACGAAUACACUCCCAAUUCUGUGCGAACGGGGGCAGAGCCAUCUCCUGCUUACUUCAAUAUCCUAAUGCACGGCGAAGAACCGGAAGUGUUGGACGGUACUCAAUUGGCGGCUGAUUGGACCUUCUCGGGGCUGCAGAAGUUCGGUCAAGGCCUACUGGAUCGCCUCCGUGGACAGAAGCUACCAAACAAACUUCUUGAGCGGGUAAACAUUGUUGAAAUUCCCGGCAUCCUUGAAGUGCGUAAACAAGUUUCUCAAUACUUCCCAUUCAACGAUGCCUGUCAGUGGUUUAUUGAUCGAGCCGAUAUCAUAUUUCUGGUGUACGAUCCUUCUAAGCUUGAUGUAGGCCCAGAAACUGAAGCCAUUCUAGACCAGUUAAAGGGAAGGGAAUACCAGACUCGAAUUCUUCUUAACAAAGCUGAUCAAGUAAAACCAGAAGAACUGCUCAGAGUUCAGGGUGCCCUCAUCUGGAACAUUUCACCACUGAUGUCUUCGGCCCAACCUCCAGUCAUGUACACUGUGUCUCUUUGGUCUAAUCCUUUCGAAACAGGAGCGCCCGUUCGACUUCUGCAAGCUCAGGAGCGAUUCCUGCUUCUUGAUCUUGGUCAGGCAAUCGAAAAAAGAAUUGAAAACAAAAUUGCUAGUGCACGUCGUUUCGCUGUACGUGUCCGCAAUCACGCUAAAAUGGUAGACUGCUACUUGACGACCUACUACAACCACAAAACUCUUUUCGCAAACAAGAAAUACAUUUCUGAGCAGAUCAUCGGAAAUCCACAGCAAUAUCACAUCUACGAGGGUCUAUCGACAUUGACCAAUAUUUCCCGAUAUGAUUUACCUGAUCCGGAGGUGUAUCGUGACUUCUUCCACCUGAACCCACUAUACGAGUUCAAGAAACUAUCGGAGACAUGCACUUACUUCCGUGGUUGUCCCAUCAACAAACUGGAUAUAGCAAUCGCUUACGAUCUACCAGAACUAGUCGGGAAGUACAAGAAGUUGGCUGAAUCGGCCUUGGACAAGCUGAAGGUCCCAUCAGCUACUACUGAAUUCGGGCGAGGAAAAUCAAGCAGUUGAGUGCAACACAAGACACGCGGGCGAUGCGAUCUCAAUCCGAGCGCCCAAUGUUUAUUUUCUGUAGCAUAAUCGUUGAUUUUUUGUUUCCCGCAAUUAUUCAUUUUAUUAAAAUGAAACUAUAACUUUAGCUGUAGUUUGCAUUACACACAGAUAUACAAAUAUUUGCAAAUUGUUUACUGAACUGACCAUACGAUCGAACUACAUCAAUUGAAACCUGUCAUUUAUAUCGAAGCAUUAGACAAGCUACACUAUAAUUUAUGAUUUCUAAAAUCGAGAUUUCCUAAGUUUUUCUAGUAAUAAAUGAUAGCUCAGAAAUGUUCGCAUUCUUAAUGUUCAGCACUGUACCGAUGAAAUGAAGCAACUAAUACUGUUGUCAACAUUUAUGCUUUAACAACGGCUGAUGCUAGUAAUUCAAGCUUUUCAAAUACUAUGUAGAGGAAUCGAUGUAGCCUCAAAGCCCACAAACAAUGAGAGAUUACGAUAUGGAAAAAGGCAAUCAGCAAUCAAUAACAACAGAUGCUUAGAAGUCGGAAGAACUACAAAUGAUUUAAAACAGAUGGUAACAAUAUUGGUCAUCGAUUUGUUAAUUAAAUUCAAAUUAUAACAUCAUUCAAUUUUUACGGGCCCUCGACAGUAGAUCGAUUGCAAUGAUUUAAUUAAACAACUCAACAAAAGUCAUGUUUCCACACGCAGGAAUUAAAUAGGAAAUAAACAAAUUUCAAACCGAA